AUGCAAUGCAGCCUUGGUCUGACCUGCUUGCUGUCUGUCUGCCUGUCUGUCUCUUUGCCCGCCCGCCCCUCCCUCUUUCAUACGCAACGCGGCUUCACCGUCCAACGGCAUACGCACACCAAGGUAUCCCCCGGAAGACUCGAACCUCUCCGAAACUCUUUCACGGAGUCUGGUUGUGCAGCCGGGGCCAUUCCCUGCGCCGGCCUGCGGGGAAGACCACCACACGACCUGAGCACACCGACUUUGGGAUUUCCGCAUCUGGCUGCGACGGUAGUUCGAAUCAUUAGCUCGCUGCUGACUCAAAAUGUUGAAUCGGGAUGGGACGUCGAGUUGGUGAAGAGGACUGCGCCUUUUGGGCAUUGAUAGUUGAAACCCGUUUUGGGGCCGGACCGAUGGUACACAGUCUGAUGUGAUGGGCAAUAUUGGUGAUGGCUGCCCUCACUUCCUAUCACCUGGUCUAUCUGCAACGCUGACAAAAACGUGCAGCUGCCAGCGCAACCAAC